GGACUCGGUACUGCGCACUAGCUCGGUGGUCUCUGCAGGACUCGGUACUGCGCACUAGCUCGGUGGUCUCUGCAGGACUCGGUACUGUGCACUAGCUCGGUGGUGUGUGCAUCUCAAAUGCACAGUAAGCUUUUUUUAGAGAUAUCUGUAAAUUAUUUAAAUAUAGCUCCAAAUGCAUUUUUAGAUACCAAUGCGUUUCACACCUAGGGUCUGUGUUUGAUGUACACUGUGUUACAGCACAUAGUGGGAGGAAGUUUACCUAUAUGCCUGCAACUCUGUGGUCAUGCAUUCAUUUCUUCUUUCUGCAUUAAACUCAACACGAAAGCGCCUUCAGACAGAAUGCAGUCUUGUGAACUCUCCUUAGUGAUAUUGUUGACCGUGGUGACCUUCUCUGGGCAGUAUGUAGAGCUGCCAAAGCCCAGACUCACCCUGGAGCCUCCAUUCCCAGAGAUAUUCACCGGGGAGGCCGUCACUCUGAGGUGUGGGGUUCAGGGGGGUUCUGCUGACUGGGAAUAUCUCUGGUACAAAGACAGAGAGGACACUCCAGUGCUGCAGACGCCUGCCCACAUUAUAACUGGGGACAGCUUCACAAUCUCUGCAGCUGCUGGAUCUGACCAGGGUCAGUACUGGUGUCGGGGACAAAGAGGAGAUCCAGCACAACACUCGCAGCUCAGCGAUCCCGUUAAACUAACUGUGUUUGGUAAAGAUGUGAUCCUGCAGACUCCUCCCCAGCCUGUAUUCGAUGGAGACACUCUGAGGUGUCGUCUCCGUGUGGGUAACACAGCAAACCGGGUUGUCUUUUACAGGAAUAGUAAAGUUUUGCAGGCCCAACCUGGCACUGCACUGGACGAGUAUCGCUUCUCAAAGAGUGAGGAGGGGUCCUACAAGUGCCGAGCAUGGUGGGGGUCCUCCUCGUUCCAGGGGGAAUCUGCGGAGGUGCGGGUGUCAGUGAGAGAUGAGGCAAAGCCCAGAGUCACCCUGGAGCCUCCAUUCCCAGAGAUAUUCACUGGGGAGGCCGUCACUCUGAGGUGUGGGGUUCAGGGGGGUUCUGCUGACUGGGAAUAUCUCUGGUACAAAGACAGAGAGGACACUCCAGUGCUGCAGACGCCUGCCCACAUUAUAACUGGGGACAGCUUCACAAUCUCUGCAGCUGCUGGAUCUGACCAGGGUCAGUACUGGUGUCGGGGGCAAAGAGGAGAUCCAGCACAGCACUCGCAGCUCAGCGAUCCUGUGAGAUUAAACAUUACUGAUAAAAAUGUGAUCCUGCAGACUCCUCCCCAGCCUGUAUUUGAUGGAGACACUCUGAGGUGUCGUCUCCGUGUGGGUAACACAGCAAACCGGGUUGUCUUUUACAAGAACAGUAAAGUUUUGCAGGCCCAACCUGGCACUGCGCUGGACGAGUAUCACUUCUCAAAGAGUGAGGAGGGGUCCUACAAGUGCCGAGCAUGGUGGGGGUCCUCCUCGUUCCAGGGGGAAUCUGCGGAGGUGCGGGUGUCAGUGAGAGAGCUGCCAAAGCCCAGAGUCACCCUGGAGCCUCCAUUCCCAGAGAUAUUCACCGGGGAGGCCGUCACUCUGAGGUGUGGGGUUCAGGGGGGUUCUGCUGACUGGGAAUAUCUCUGGUACAAAGACAGAGAGGACACUCCAGUGCUGCAGACGCCUGCCCACAUUAUAACUGGGGACAGCUUCACAAUCUCUGCAGCUGCUGGAUCUGACCAGGGUCAGUACUGGUGUCGGGGACAAAGAGGAGAUCCAGCACAGCACUCGCAGAUCAGCGAUCCUGUGAGAUUAAACAUUACUGAGCUGCUCUCCUGGGUGACCCUGACAGCCUCUCCAGGAGCCACAGUAAAGGAGGGAGAGGCUCUUAACCUGACCUGUGAGGCAGCAGUGAACAAAACCCCCCGCCCUCAACUGCACUACAGCAUCCUGAGAGACGGGGAGCCUGUGACUAACAGCACAGACUCUGCACUGUACAGCACAGCCAGCACUGAGAAGAGCCACGCUGGGAGCUACACGUGUGCUGUGGAGUCACAGGGAGUGAGGAAGAGCAGCACAGAGAUACUGAUCACAGUGGAACCAUCCUGGCAGAAUGCUUUUACUGCUGCCUACAGAAGCAGCUUCACUCUGCUUGUUCUCACUGUGUUCACUCUGCUGCUCCUCCAAUACUGCAGGAUCCAAGGCUCCCUGUGUUAUGCUGGUGCUAAGACAAGGAAAACCAAGACAGAUCAGGAUCAGGACGAGUCAGCAAUGGGACCUGAGCAUCACAGUCGUGUUUAUUAGCCCAGAUGGGUAUAGUAUUGCAUGUCCUGCUAGAGACCAGUCUGACUGGAAUAGUAUUGCACUGUCCUGCUAGAGACCAGUCUGACUGGAAUAGUAUUGCACUGUCCUGC